AUGGAUCGAAGAAAUGGGACUCUCUCAACCUUCUUCAUUAUUGUUGGCAUAUCAGACCUUGCAGAAUUGCAGUUUCCAAUAUUCCUUUUAGUUCUAUUUAUGUAUUUCCUUACCCUUGGUGGUAAUAUAGCCAUUCUUCUACUGAUUUGCUUUGACCGCCAUCUUCACACUCCCAUGUACUUCUUUUUGGCCAACCUUUCCAUUUUGGAUAUUAGUUCUUCUACAAUCACUCUCCAUAAAAUACUUCUAACUUUUGUAUCAGGAGAUAACACUAUUUCUCUUAAAGUCUGUUUAGCACAAAUAUAUGUUUUUCUGUCCUUAACUUGUGAUGAGUUGGUGAUUUUGACUGCAAUGAGUUAUGAUCGAUAUGUAGCUGUAUGCAACCCUUUCCGUUACAAUGUAAUUACGAACCAAGGAAUCUGUGCACUUCUAAUUACUGUAUGCUGGAUGUGGGGAUUUUUGAUAAGUCUGGAAACAUUUAUAGAACUAACCCGACUAACAUGCUUUCAGUCAAACAAAAUCAAUCACUUCUUCUGUGAUGUUGUGCCUGUGAUGAAGAUAUCCUGCAAUGAUACUUCAUUUUUGGAGAUUUACAUUCUCAUUGUGGGCCUUUUUGUUGUAGCUGUAAUCCCAUUUCUCCUGACUCUCAUUUCUUAUGUUUUCAUUAUUGUUUCCAUAAUGAAGAUCCGUACUAAUAUUGGCAGACGUAAAGCCUUUUACACUUGCUCUUCCCACCUCACAGUUGUCAUCCUUCUCUAUGCUACUCUUAUCUUUCAAUACCUAAGGCUAAAUUCGAGAGACAACUUAGAGUCUAAAUUUUCUUCUUUGCUCAAUACAGCAGCAGUCCCAGUUCUGAACCCAUUAAUUUACAGUUUAAAAAACAAAGAUGUAAAGAUUGCCUUACAAAGGAAAAGGAAAUGCAUAGCUCUGUCAAAAGUUUAA